UGUUGUAAAAGGUCUGCAUGGUUUUAGAAAAAGACUUUGGGAAAAUUUGUACUAUUGUAGUGAAAUAUUGCAGCUCUGGAUCCCACCACUUACAAGAAACUGUUGUUUGGGUCAUUGAAUGUUGUGGUUUGUAGUGCUUGAGGCUGAAACAGGAGCAUGAAGCUGGAGGUGCCUGAAAGCUUUGAAGAUGUCGCUGUUAAGUUUUCAAGAGAGGAGUGGAAGAUGCUGAGUAAACAGGAAGAAGAGCUACACAGGGAGGUGAUGGUGCAGAACUAUGAGAACAUGGUCUCUGUAGGAUACAGUAUCCCAUUAGAUCGCCUUUGCAUACUGUUUAACAGAGAUGAUGAGAUGCCAUCCGCUAAUACGGAAGGAGGGAACAGAAGCAAUAAAGUGCAGUGGACAGAACUUUCUGGUGGCCCCAACACUACUGAUUGCAAUCCAGAUUUCAGCAAUAUUCAGAAUCGGAGGUCAGCGCAUUGGAAGUAUUUUAAUUACGAAAGUGACAAUGUUUCGCCAUAUAAGAUGUCUCUCAUAACACGUGACCAGCUGCAGAUGGGAAGCAAACAGAGUAAUUAUGUGAGUAACAUUGAAGGAAUUAUCAAGAAGAGUGAAUUAGGAAUCCAACUAAAACCUUGUGGAGAGGAGAAACCUUGUGUAUUGUUUGACUGGAGCAAAAAUGUUACAUUUCAGAGUAGCGUCUUAAGCAAUACAUUAAUUCCAAGGGAGAAAAGACAAAACUAUACUUUGGCAACACAUGAGCAAAUUUCUACUGAAAAGAAGGUAAAUAAUCGUCCCACAUGUGAUGAAGGUUUGACAUUUCUAAAAAGUUUAGCAGUUUCUAAUUAUUCCCAUGCUGGUGAAAAAUCCUGUAUCUGUAUCACAGAGGAAAAAGGUUUUGUAGGAAAAAGAAAUUGGUCAUUGCAACAGACUAUCCACAUUGAAGAGAAACCUUAUAACUGUCCUGUAUGUAACAAGAGUUUUGCACAGCAAAAUUAUCUGCUGAAACAUCAGAAUAUUCACACAAAGCAAAAACCGUAUAAAUGUACCAAGUGUGACAAGUGUUUUGCACUGAAGCGUUAUAUGGCACAGCAUGAAUUAGUCCAUGCCAGACAAUACAUGUGUACGGCAUGCCACAAGCAAUUUGCAGAUAAAGAAAGUUUCAUGCUGCAUCAGAGUAUCCCUAAUUGCCAGAAACCCUAUAGUUGUACUGCUUGCAAUAAGAGAUUCACAACAAAAGGUACAUUAAAACAACAUCAGAUUAGUCACACUGGGCAAAAACCGUAUAAAUGUUCCUUAUGUGAGAAAAGUUUUGUUCGCAAGAAAAGUUUGAUUUCGCAUCAAGUUAGCCACACUGGCCGAAAACCCUAUAGAUGUGACACGUGUGACAAAGGUUUUACUCAGAAAGGUAGUUUGGUAAGACAUCAGUUACUCCACACUUAUAAGUGUGUUGUGUGUGGCAAGGGUUUCGCAGCUAGGGGCCAUAAGAAAGUGUGUACCAAAUGCCUCAAGGCAUCUGCAGAUAAGGAAGGUUUCAUGUUGCCUCAGAGAAUCCGUAAUUGCCAGAAACUCUAUAAUUGUUCUGCUUGCAAUAAGGUAUACAGAAAGGAAAGUAUGUUAAAACAGCAUCAGAUUAGCCACACUGGGCAAAAACCUUAUAAAUGUUCCUUAUGUGAGAAAAGUUUUAUUCAUAAGAAAAAGUUGAUUUUGCAUCAAGUUGUCCACACUGGAGAAAAACCCUAUAAAUGUGAUACGUGUGACAAAGGUUUUACACAGAAAGGUAGUUUGGCUGUGAUAGACUUAUGGCCAAGAGACUGUAUAUUGGAAGACACAAUAAUGUGGCAAGGUUCUUACUGUGAACACUGUAACAUACAGGUAGCUGAUAGGCACUGGAAAAAUGAACUACAGAGGAUUACUGAAAAUGAAAGGAUAAUCAUGUGGGAUCACUGGAUAGCAGCAGUUAACAUAGAGGAAUAA